AUGGCACCCAGCAAACGAAAAGCUGACAACGUCGUGGAGACGGCGUCCAGCAAGCGUCCGAAGUCAGAGAAACCCACAUCCGACAGGAAGACGCAAGCUUCAAACAAAUCAGACGCAGAAAACGGUUCGAGCAAGAGGAGGGAAAAGGCCUCAGAAAAGCCUGAAAGUAAAUCAAUCUUGUCAAAAGAACUACCUGCCUUCCCUCGAGGCGGCGCCAGCCUCUUGACUCCGCUCGAGAAGAAACAGAUCAACGCGAAAGCCUGGAGAGAUGCACAAAGAGAAGAUGGCGCGCCCGCUGCUGACUUCUUUGGCGCUGAUGGCGCUGACAGUGCCGGAUCCAACCUUUCGUCAGAUGCCGAAGCCGACGUCAAGCCAAAACCUCGAGGCAAAGACCAAAAGGCCAAAUCCUCUAAAUCGAAAAAUGGCAUUGCGAAGAUCCGAGACACAAAGAUCGGUGGUUUGAACUAUAAGCGCAUAACGACCGGCUCUCUGGUCCUAGGCCAGAUCAUCUCCAUCUCUGACCGGGACCUGACUGUCGCACUGCCGAACAACCUGGUCGGCUUUGUUCCGAUCACAGCGAUAUCCGCUCAGCUUAGCGCCAAGAUUCAGAGUCUGCUGGAGGACAGUAACAAGGACGAUGAAAGCGAGGACGACGACGACAUUGACCUGAACGGCUAUUUCUCCGUUGGCCAGUAUCUGCGAGUUGCUGUAAUCUCAACAGGACAGGAUGUUGGCCCGUCUGGGGCCCAUUCGAGGAAGCGCAUCGAGCUCUCGGUCGAGCCAAGCGCGGUCAAUAAUGGUCUAUCGAAACUGGCCCUAGCCCAAGGCGUUACCGUCCAAGUAUCGGUGCACAGUGUGGAAGAUCAUGGUCUUGUGGUCGACCUUGACCUUGAAGGAUCAGAAUCACGUGGAUUCGUCCCCUCUAAGAACCUCCCGUCUGGCAUCUCAAUAGCCGGAGUCAAAGUUGGCGCCGUGAUGCUGUGUCAAGUUGUUAAGGCCGAUGCAAGUAACAAGGUCAUCAGGCUCUCGGCGGACCUGUCCGACCAAAAAGCCUUGAAAAAUGCUCCUAGUGUUGAUGCUUAUCUUCCCGGCACGGUUGCGGAAAUACUUCUGACAGAAGUCCAAAGUACCGGCCUAGUCGGCAAGAUCAUGGGCAUGCUCACAGCGACGGCGGAUCUUGUCCAAUCAGGUGCAUAUCUUGACAAGGAUACCUUCGUGGACAAGUACCAAGUUGGUGCUAAAGUUAAAGGUCGCCUGAUCUGUACAUUUCCGCUAUCUGACGACAACAGACUCGGCUUUAGUACCCUCGAUCAUGUUCUCAAGCUGCAGGACACUGCCCAGGCUGGCACACAAGCCAUUGGAAGCAUAGUACCAUCGGCUACGGUGACUACUGUUGAAACCGGGCUCGGCAUCUAUCUGAGUCUGGGAAGAGACCGAAAUGGUUUUGCGCACAUUUCACGGCUGUCUGAUAAGCGCGUUGAAUCCAUUGAAGCUACAAUAGGUCCCUUCAAGGUAGGCUCGCAGCACAAAGCCCGCAUCACCGACUACAACGCUGUCGAUGCCGUGUACAUCGUGUCACUACAGGAAUCGGUCAUCAACCGGGAGUUCCUUCGUCUAGAAGACGUUCCCGUUGGUCAGCGGGUGACGGCGGUCAUCGAGAAAGUCCUUAUUGGUCCGACUGGUAUCAAGGGCGUAAUUGCCAGGAUUACAGAAAGCAUCUCUGGAUACAUUCCGGAGCAGCACUUAUCCGAUGCAGUACUGUCGAAUCCCGAAAAGAAAUUCCGAGAAGGGGUCACAGUCAAAGCACGGAUUCUCUCCACUGAUCUCAAUAAGCGUCAAAUUCGACUGACUCUGAAAAAGUCGCUGGUCAACAGUGAUGCGAAGAUCUGGAAGCAGUACUCGGACAUCACUGUUGGUGACUCUACUGUGGGCGCCUUGGUCAAAAUUGACUCUAGCGGCGCUCUUGUGCAGUUUUUCGGAGCUGUUAAAGGUUUUCUACCUGUUGCUGAGAUGAGCGAGGCGUACAUCAAAGAUGCUCGGGAGCACUUCCGCGUAGGUCAGGUAGUCACUGUCAACGCCAUCAGUAUCAAUGCGGAAGACGGAAGGCUUACUGUCUCGUGUCGAGAUUCCAACACCACAGACCAGUCUUCGGAGUCUGUUGUGGCGUCACUCAAGGCAGGGUCUCUGGUGACUGGCAACGUCUUCGAGAAGUCUGAGCACGACAUUCUUCUCCGAUUAGAAAACUCGUCUGCGAUAGCUCGUCUAACCGUCGAUCAUAUGUCUGACGGCUCACUGAAGAAACGUCAAGCUGCUUUGAGCAAGAUCAGAGUUGGGCAGAGACUCGAGAAUCUAAUGAUCCUAGAUGUGCAGCCUAAGCGCCGUCUAGUCGUUCUUUGCAAUCGUCCAAGCCUCAUCAAGGCAGCGAACAACGGCAAGCUCCUGAGAAGUUUUGAGGAACUCGAUGUCGGGAAAGCAGUAACAGGUGUUGUGUCCAACAUCACCUCUGACGGAGUCUAUGUCUCUUUUGCCUCCCGAAUCAGUGGACUCAUAACUCCCCGAAACGUUCCGGAAGGACAACAAGCAUCACCAGAUUUCGGAAUGACCAAGUUGCAGCCAGUCACUGCAACAGUAGCUUCGGUGGACUACAAGGGUGCGACACCCAGAUUCUGGCUGACUAUGAAUGAAGCAGCAGAGAAGGCAGAAGUCGCUAUGCCAAAUGCUGGCGUUAGCUUCAAACCAAUCGCGGACCCCAUCGAUCCUGCCAUCCAGUCUGAAGCCGACCUCACUGUCAACACUGUUACCAAGGCUCGCAUCUUGUCUGUCAAAGACUCGCAGCUGAACGUGGAGCUUGCGAAGGACGUUCAGGGCCGUGUAGACGUGUCCGAGAUCUUUGACACAUGUGAUGACAUCAAGGAUCGAAAGAAGCCCUUGGGAAAAUAUGUGGCGAAACAGACUAUCGAUGUCAAAGUCAUUGGUGCACAUGACACACGAAACCAUCGCUUCUUACCUUUGAGCCAUCGCAGAGGCAAAAAUGUUGUCUACGAGCUCAGCGCGAAACCCAGUGCGCUAAGAGACAGCUCGGUAAAGCCGCUCGGCUAUGAAGAUCUCAAAGUCGGCGACAGCUAUCUCGCUUUCGUGAACAAUACAGGCACCGAUUUUGUGUGGGCCAAUAUAUCGCCAGCAAUUCGUGGCCGCAUCAAGAUUGUGGAUAUUUCAGACGAUCUAUCUUUGGCAGCGGAUUUGAUGACCAACUUUCCUGUUGGCUCUGCUCUACGUGUCAGAGUCGUUUCCGUGGAUGCUGAGAAAGGAAGACUAGACCUGUCCGGCAAGCUUGCAGCGAAUUCGAAAGACGUCUCGAUCAAAGACAUCAGUGUUGGUCAGAUUCUCCCCGGACGUGUGACUAAAAUUACCGACCGAGCGGUCAUUGUGUCUCUGAGCGACAGCGUAGUUGGGGCAAUCGACCUUAUUGAUCUGUCGGACGACUACAGCGAAUCCAACCUUGCAAAGUUUCGAAAGAAUGAGAUAAUGCGUGUUUGCGUUGUGCAGGUUGACGAGGCCAACAAAAAAGUUUCGCUCUCCGUACGACCUUCCAGGAUUCUAAGCUCUUCUUUACCCGUCGCCGACCCCGAGGUAACCAACGUCAACGAUCUCGAGGUCAAUGACAUCUACCGUGGAUUCAUCAAACAUGUUGACGACAAGGGCAUUUUCGUAAUGCUUGGUCAUGGCAUCACGGCAUUUGUCCGCGUGACCCAUUUGUCCGACUCCUAUCUCAAGGAGUGGAAGGACAGCUUCCAGCGUGAUCAGCUUGUGAAGGGCAAGAUCAUCUCGGUUGACAAAACCUCUGGUCACAUUCAAAUGAGUCUGAAAGAAUCCAUACUGACGUCUGAUUACAGUCCUCCGCUCAAGUUCACGGACUUGGAGGUGGGCAGUAUCGUGACAGGAAAGGUUGCCAAGGUCGAGGAUUUCGGCGUCUUCAUCGUUGUGGACAAUUCGGAGAAGAUCCGAGGUCUGUGCCAUCGCAGCGAAAUUGCUGAGAAGAGGAUAGAGGACCCACGCAAGCUAUUCAGUGAAGGCGAUGCUGUGAAGGCGAUGGUUGUGAAGGUCGAACUUAACAAGCGAAGAGUGAACUUUGGUCUUAAGGCCUCCUACUUUGACAACGAAAGCGAACCACUGUCUGAUGAUCAGAGCGAUAGCGACCUUGAGAUGCACGAUGACGGCGAUGAUGAGUCCGUGGAUGGUAUGGACGUUGACGGCGUCAGUGACAGUGACGAGGACGCAGGGGCAGAGCUCGAAGACGCGUCUGCAGAGGACGAUGACAUUGAUGAGGAUGAGAUGGCCAGCGGAAGCUCCGACGAUUCUAGUGCCGAUGAAGAGAAGAAGCCGCAAAUCUCUUCCAGUUUGAAAGUUGGCGGCUUUGACUGGCACGGCAUGUCAUCACAAGCCGGCAAUACGCGCAACCACCAGGAGUCUGAUGCAGAGUCGGAAAAGACCACGGAGAAGCCAAAGAAGCGCAAAAAGCGAGCCGACAUUCAAGUCGACCAUACAGGUGAGCUCGAUGCCAAUGGGCCUCAAUCCUCGGAUGAUUUCGAACGCCUCCUACUUGGCGAGCCGGACUCGUCAUUGCUGUGGCUGCAAUACAUGGCUUUCUACAUUAACCUUGGCGAUGUCGAUCAAGCACGACAGAUUGGCGAGAGAGCACUCAAAUCCAUCGGACUUGGCCAAAGCGAAGAGAAGCAGAACAUCUGGGUCGCGUUGCUUAACCUCGAGGUCACGUAUGGCGACGAUGAGACUCUCGAUGCAACAUUUAAGCGGGCUUGCGAGUACAAUGACCCUCAGGAGAUGCAUUCGCGACUUGUCAGCAUCCUCAUUCAUACUCAAAAGUACGACAAGGCGGAUGAGAUGUUCCAGACCAUGCUCAAGAAGUAUACACAGAGUCCGAAAAUAUGGACCAACUACGCGGCCUUCCUUUUCGACACCAAGGGCGAUGCAGACAGAGCCAGAGAACUUCUCCCACGAGCUCUACAGACGUUGCCCAAGUUCACGCACCUGGACCUAACGUCCAAGUUUGCUCAACUCGAGUUCAAGUCGGAAGCGGGUGUCGCUGAGCGAGGGCGAACCAUCUUUGAAGGUCUCAUCAACUCGUUUCCAAAGCGAGUGGAUCUCUACAACGUGUUGCUGGAUCUUGAAACCAAAGUGGGCAACGAAGAACAGAUCCGCGCCCUCUUCGAACGGCUCUUCACACGGAAGUUGAAGCCCAAGCAGGCCAAGUACUUUUUCAAGCGGUGGCUGACCUUUGAAGAGCAACAGGGGGACGAGCGGCGAGUUGAAGAGGUCAAAGCAAAGGCGGCCACGUGGGUUCGAUCGGCUGGUCAGGGCUGA